AUGGCAGCCAAGCAGGCAGCCGAGAAGCUCAUCUCGGAGCACCUUGUAGCCGUCUUCUCCAAGAGCUACUGCCCCUACUGCACCCAGGCCAAGAGCGUCAUCGCCAAGCUCGGCCUCGACCAGAGCAGCGUCGGCGUGCUCGAACUCGACCAGAUGGGUUCCGAGGGCAGCGAUAUCCAAAAGACGAGCCAGCGUACGGUGCCCAACAUCUUUAUCAACAAGAAGCACCUCGGUGGAUGCAGCGAUCUGCUCGACGCUCAGAAGAGCGGAAAACUUCAGCAGCUCCUCAAGUGA